ACCAACCAAUCAACCAAAAGGUGAAUUUAUUGUUUUCUUUGUUCCACAUGUUUUGUCAUGCAUCCUCAGACAUAAAGUGUUGUUCUUGCAGCAACAUUUGAAGACUGUUCCAACAGUUACAUGGAUCUGGUUUUUCUGCUUGACUCGUCUGAAAGUGUUGGACCUGACAUUUUUGAUCGUUUAAAGACAUUUAUCAUCGAAGUCGUAAAUGAUACAAGUAUAGACGACGGAAAGGUCCGGGUUGGAGUGGUCACUUUCUCCAACUCCUCCCAAGUUGAAUUCUAUCUGAAUUCCUCCAAUACAAGAAACGAUAUUGAGAGUGCUAUUAAAAACAUCAAUUAUAAAGGGGGACCUACUAAUAUUUCGUCCGGCCUUGUAACAGUAAACACCAACGUUUUUCAAACAAGGAACGGGGACAGAAAAGAUGUCAGGAAUGUCCUGCUACUAUUAGUUGGUGGAAGUUCAAAUAUGCAAGAAAGUCAGACCAUCCCUGCUGCCACCAACGCAAAGACGUCAGGUAUCCACAUAUUUGUUGUAGGCAUAAAGCAGGCUAAUAAUAAUGUAUUAAAGGCAAUUGCAAGCGGACCACCGGGGAAGAACAUGGUUCAGGUACAAAGUUUCAAUGAGCUUGAUCAAAUGAAGAAGCGUGUCUUCAGAUAUAUGUGUACAGGUCUUCGGUCUGUGACUGCAGCACAGCUAACACCUAGGGCUACAACUCGGACAUCACCUAUGACUACAGCUCGGACAUCACCUGUGGCUACAACUCAGACAUCAACUGAUGCCCCAACUCGGACAUCACCUGUGGCUACAACUCAGACAUUACCUAAGGCUGCAACUCAGACAUCACCUAGGGCUAAAACUCGGACAUCACCUAUGACUACAGCUCGGACAUCACCUGAGGCUGCAACUCGGACAUCAACUGAUGCCCCAACUCGGACAUCACCUGUGGCUACAACUCAGACAUUACCUAAGGCUGCAACCCGGACAUCACCUGAGGCUACAACUCGGACAUCACCUGUGACUACAACUCGGACAUCACCUGAGGCUGCAACUCGGACAUCACCUGUGACUACAACUCGGACAUCACCUGAGGCUACAACUCGGACAUCAACUGUGGCUGCAACUCAGACAUCACCUGUGACUUCAACACUGACAUCACCUGAGGCUACAACUCUGACAUCACCUGUGACUACAACUCGGACAUCACCUGAGACUACAACUCUGACAUCACCUGUGACUUCAACUCGGACAUCACCUGAGACUACAAAACUAACAUCACCUGAGGCUGCAACUCGGACAUCACCUGAGGCUGCAUCUCGGACAUCACCUCUGGCUGCAACUCGGACAUCACCUGCUACAACUCGGACAUCACCUGAGGCUGCACCUGUGACUACAACACUGACAUCACCUGAGGCUGCAACUCGGACAUCACCUGUGGCUACAACUCUGACAUCACCUGAUGCUGCAACUCGGACAUCACCUGUGGCUACAACUCGGAUAUCACCUGUGACUACAACUCAGACAUCACCUGUGACUACAACUCUGACAUCACCUGUGACUACAACUCGGACAUCACCUGUGACUUCAACUCGGACAUCACCUGAGGCUGCAACUCGGACAUCACCUGUGACUACAACUCGGACAUCACCUGAGGCUACAACUCGGACAUCACCUGAGGCUUCACCUCGGACAUCAACUGUGGCUGCAACUCAGACAUCACCUGUGACUACAACACUGACAUCACCUGAGGCUACAACUCUGACAUCACCUGUGACUACAACUCGGACAUCACCUGAGACUACAACUCUGACAUCACCUGUGACUUCAACUCGGACAUCACCUGAGACUACAACACUGACAUCUCCUGAGGCUGCAACUCGGACAUCACCUGAGGCUGCAUCUCGGACAUCACCUCUGGCUGCAACUCGGACAUCACCUGUGACUACAACUCGGACAUCACAUGAGGCUGCAACUCGGACAUCACCUGAGGCUGCAACUCGGACAUCACCUAGGGCUAAAACUCGGACAUCACCUAAGACUACAGCUCGGACAUCACCUGUGGCUACAACUGAGACAUCACAUGAGGCUGCAACUCGGACAUCACCUGUGGCUGCAACUCAGACAUCACCUGUGGCUGCAACUCAGACAUCACCUGUGACUUCAACACUGACAUCACCUGAGGCUACAACUCGGACAUUAUCUGUGGCUACAACUCGGACAUCACCUGAGGCUGCAACUGGGACAUCACCUGUGACUUCAACUCGGACAUCACCUGUGACUACAACACUGACAUCACCUGAGGCUGCAACUCGGACAUCACCUGUGACUACAACACUGCCAUCACCUGAGACUACAACUCGGACAUCACCUGUGGCUACAACUCGGACAUCACCCGAGGCUGCAACUCGGACAUCACCUGAGGCUACAACACUGACAUCACCUGAGGCAGCAACUCGGACAUCACCUGUGACUACAACACUGUCAUCACCUGAGGCUACAACUCGGACAUCACCUGUGGCUACAACUCGGUCAUCACCUGAUGCUGCAACGCGGACAUCACCUGUGGCUACAACUCGGAUAUCACCUGUGUCUACAACUCGGACAUCACCUGAGGCUGCAACUCUGACAUCACCUGUGACUACAACUCGGACAUCACCUGUGACUACAACACUGACAUCACCUGAGGCUGCAACUCGGACAUCACCUGUGGCUACAACUCGGACAUCACCUGAGGCUGCAACUCGGACAUCACCUGUGGCUACAACUCGGAUAUCACCAGUGACUACAACUCAGACAUCACCUGUGACUACAACUCUGACAUCACCUGUGACUACAACUCGGACAUCACCUGUGACUUCAACUCGGACAUCACCUGAGGCUGCAACUCGGACAUCACCUGUGACUACAACUCGGACAUCACCUGAGACUACAACUCGGACAUCACCUGAGGCUUCACCUCGGACAUCAACUGUGGCUGCAACUCAGACAUCACCUGUGACUACAACACUGACAUCACCUGAGGCUACAACUCUGACAUCACCUGUGACUACAACUCGGACAUCACCUGAGACUACAACUCUGACAUCACCUGUGACUUCAACUCGGACAUCACCUGAGACUACAAAACUGACAUCACCUGAGGCUGCAACUCGGACAUCACCUGAGGCUGCAUCUCGGACAUCACCUCUGGCUGCAACUCGGACAUCACCUGUGACUACAACUCGGACAUCACCUGAGGCUGCAACUCGGACAUCACCUGAGGCUGCAACUCGGACAUCACCUGUGACUACAACUCUGACAUCACCUGAGGCUACAACUCGGACAUCACCUGAGGCUGCAACUCUGACAUCACCUGUGACUACAACUCGGACAUCACCUGUGACUACAACACUGACAUCACCUGAGGCUGCAACUCGGACAUCACCUGUGGCUCCAACUCUGACAUCACCUGAUGCUGCAACUCGGACAUCACCUGUGGCUACAACUCGGAUAUCACCUGUGACUACAACUCAGACAUCACCUGUGACUACAACUCUGACAUCACCUGUGACUACAACUCGGACAUCACCUGUGACUUCAACUCGGACAUCACCUGAGGCUGCAACUCGGACAUCACCUGUGACUACAACUCGGACAUCACCUGAGGCUACAACUCGGACAUCACCUGAGGCUUCACCUCGGACAUCAACUGUGGCUGCAACUCAGACAUCACCUGUGACUACAACACUGACAUCACCUGAGGCUACAACUCUGACAUCACCUGUGACUACAACUCGGACAUCACCUGAGACUACAACUCUGACAUCACCUGUGACUUCAACUCGGACAUCACCUGAGACUACAACACUGACAUCUCCUGAGGCUGCAACUCGGACAUCACCUGAGGCUGCAUCUCGGACAUCACCUCUGGCUGCAACUCGGACAUCACCUGUGACUACAACUCGGACAUCACAUGAGGCUGCAACUCGGACAUCACCUGAGGCUGCAACUCGGACAUCACCUGAGGCUAAAACUCGGACAUCACCUAUGACUACACCUCGGACAUCACCUCUGGCUACAACUGAGACAUCACAUGAGGCUGCAACUCGGACAUCACCUGUGGCUACAACUCAGACAUCACCUGUGGCUGCAACUCAGACAUCACCUGUGACUUCAACACUGACAUCACCUGAGGCUACAACUCGGACAUUAUCUGUGGCUACAACUCGGACAUCACCUGAGGCUGCAACUGGGACAUCACCUGUGACUUCAACUCGGACAUCACCUGUGACUACAACACUGACAUCACCUGAGGCUGCAACUCGGACAUCACCUGUGACUACAACACUGCCAUCACCUGAGGCUACAAUUCGGACAUCACCUGUGGCUACAACUCGGACAUCACCCGAGGCUGCAACUCGGACAUCACCUGAGGCUACAACACUGACAUCACCUGAGGCUGCAACUCGGACAUCACCUGUGACUACAACACUGUCAUCACCUGAGGCUACAACUCGGACAUCACCUGUGGCUACAACUCGGUCAUCACCUGAUGCUGCAACGCGGACAUCACCUGUGGCUACAACUCGGAUAUCACCUGUGUCUACAACUCAGACAUCACCUGAGGCUGCAACUCGGACAUCAACUGAGGCUGCAACUCGGACAUCACCUGUGACUACAACUCGGACAUCACCUGAGGCUACAACUCGGACAUCACCUGAGGCUGCAACUCUGACAUCACCUGUGACUACAACUCGGACAUCACCUGUGACUACAACACUGACAUCACCUGAGGCUGCAACUCGGACAUCACCUGUGGCUACAACUCGGACAUCACCUGAUGCUGCAACUCGGACAUCACCUGUGGCUACAACUCGGAUAUCACCAGUGACUACAACUCAGACAUCACCUGUGACUACAACUCUGACAUCACCUGUGACUACAACUCGGACAUCACCUGAGGCUGCAACUGGGACAUCACCUGUGACUACAACUCGGACAUCACCUGUGACUUCAACUCGGACAUCACCUGAGGCUGCAACUCGGACAUCACCUGUGACUACAACUCGGACAUCACCUGAGGCUACAAGUCGGACAUCACCUGAGGCUUCAACUCGGACAUCAACUGUGGCUGCAACUGAGACAUCACCUGUGACUACAACACUGACAUCACCUGAGGCUACAACUCUGACAUCACCUGUGACUACAACUCGGACAUCACCUGAGACUACAACUCUGACAUCACCUGUGACUUCAACUCGGACAUCACCUAUGACUACAACACUGACAUCACCUGAGGCUGCAACUCGGACGUCACCUGAGGCUGCAUCUCGGACAUCACCUCUGGCUGCAACUAGGACAUCACCUGUGACUACAACUCGGACAUCACUUGAGGCUGCAACUCGGACAUCAACUGAGGCUGCAACUCGGACAUCACCUGUGACUACAACUCGGACAUCACCUGAGGCUACAACUCGGAUAUCACCUGAGGCUGCAACUCUGACAUCACCUGUGACUACAACUAGGACAUCACCUGUGACUACAACACUGACAUCACCUGUGACUACAACUCGGACAUCACCUGUGACUACAACACUGACAUCACCUGAGGCUGCAACUCGGACAUCACCUGUGGCUACAACUCGGACAUCACCUGAUGCUGCAACUCGGACAUCACCUGUGGCUACAACUCGGAUAUCACCUGUGACUACAACUCGGACAUCACCUGUGACUACAACUCGGACAUCACCUCUGACUACAACUCGGACAUCACCUGUGACUUCAACUCGGACAUCACCUGUGACUACAACACUGACAUCACCUGAGCCUGCAACUCGGACAUCACCUGAGGCUGCAACUCGGACAUCACCUGUGACUACAACUCAGACAUCACCUGUGGCUGCAACUCUGACAUCACCUGUGACUACAACUCGGACAUCACUUGAGGCUACAACACUUCCAUCACAUGAGGCUACAACUCGGACAUCACCUGUGGCUACAACUCGGUCAUCACCUGAGGCUGCAACUCGGACAUCACAUGAGGCUGCAACUCGGACAUCACCUGUGACUACAACACUGACAUCACCUGAGGCUGCAACUCGGACAUCACCUGUGGCUGAAACGCGGACAUCACCUGUGACUACAACACUGACAUCACCUGAGGCUACAACUCGGACAUCACCUGUGACUACAACUCGGUCAUCACCUGUGGCUGCAACUCAGAAAUCACCUGUGACUACAACACUGACAUCACGUGUGACUUCAACUCGGACAUCACCUGUGACUUCAACACUGACAUCACCUGAGGCUGCAACUCUGACAUCACCUGUGACUUCAACACUGACAUCACCUGAGGCUACAACUCGGACAUUAUCUGUGGCUACAACUCGGACAUCACCUGAGGCUGCAACUGGGACAUCACCUGUGACUUCAACUCGGACAUCACCUGUGACUACAACACUGACAUCACCUGAGGUUGCAACUCGGACAUCACCUGUGACUACAACACUGCCAUCACCUGAGGCUACAACUCGGACAUCACCUGUGGCUACAACUCGGACAUCACCCGAGGCUGCAACUCGGACAUCACCUGAGGCUACAACGCUGACAUCACCUGAGGCUGCAACUCGGACAUCACCUGUGACUACAACACUGUCAUCACCUGAGGCUACAACUCGGACAUCACCUGUGGCUACAACUCGGUCAUCACCUGAUGCUGCAACGCGGACAUCACCUGUGGCUACAACUCGGAUAUCACCUGUGUCUACAACUCAGACAUCACCUGUGACUACAACACUGACAUCACCUGAGGCUGCAACUCGGACAUCACCUGAGGCUACAUCUCGGACAUCACCUGUGACUUCAACGCGGACAUCAUCUGUGACUACAACACUGUCAUCACCUGAGGCUACAACUCGGACAUCACCUGUGGCUACAACUCGGACAUCACCUGAUGCUGCAACGCGGACAUCACCUGUGGCUACAACUCAGAUAUCACCUGUGUCUACGACUCAGACAUCACCUGUGACUAUAACACUGACAUCACCUGAGGCUGCAACUCGGACAUCACCUGAGGCUACAUCUUGGACAUCACCUGUGACUUCAACUCGGACUUCACCUGUGACUACAACACUGACAUCACCUGAGGCUGCAACUCGGACAUCACCUGUGACUACAACAAUGCCAUCACCUGAGGCUACAACUCGGACAUCACCUGAGGCUGCAACUCGGACAUCACCUGUGGCUACAACUCGGAUAUCACCUGUGACUACAACUCGGACAUCACCUGAGGCUGCAACUCGGACAUCAGCUGUGACUACACCGAUGCUCACAACUACUUCUACACCAGUAUCGCCACCAUAUUUUCCAAAAGGUUGCAACACGUCCAACGCUUGUUACCGUCAGUGUGAGCGAGUGGCAGCCUCCAUCCCCAAGGUUAGCGAUGACGUGAUCAAAGAUCUCCGGCUUCCCAAACGUCAACUUUCCAAGCAGAUCGGCAAGAAAACUUCCACUCCCAACCGCUCUGAGAGUCAACAGAUGACUGGAAAGGUGGUAUUCAUUGUCCUGUUGGCUCCAUGUGCCUUCCUGUUAGGAUGGGACCUCCUCGACCUCCUGAGGUACAUCUACAGAAAAUGAUAUUCGAAAUUAGGAUUACAGUGCUAAUUUGCAUUUUAACAAGUACCAUUUCGUUGUAUAAACGAACAUUGAAACUGUUUUUUUAAUUGAUAAUUUGGCAUCGAUAUUAAAGACUAAAGGGGAAAAUCAAUGUACGUACACGCUAUUUUUGUCUUGUUAUCGUUGUUGGGAACGUUCACGGAAGAUUAUUAUCCCCCUCCCCCGGGGACGCCUCGUAUAGUCGACGCCUGGUCUGUCCGUCCGCCCGCCCGCCCGACCGUAAUCAUUUUGUGCCGUUUGCUGUUUAGGACCUUUUCCAAAUUUCCAUGGAAACAAGUUUAGACCUAGCUGAAACGGAGGUAGGUGUCGUUUCCGGACCUGGACUAUUAAUCAAGGGAUAAAGUCGUGCCUUUUGCCAUUUAGGAAUCUAAAGAAAUGUCCUGUUUCCAUGGCAACAAGUUUGACUUUGACUCUCUUCAUAAUGGUGGGUUUGUCCGGACCAUAUAUCAAAGCUAACAGGUACUCUUUCUUGAAACUGUGCACACACAAAGACAAGGUUGCCAAUUGGUGCUUAUUGCUUUUUAGGGAUUUUUAGAGUAACUCUCGAAAAUUACAAACAUCCGAAUGGGGCUAAAACCGUGCGACUCAUACACUUCGCAUUCAUAUACACCAUUUGUUUACCAUGUGCACAUACAGACGUCACGGUCUAAGAGACCUGUUAAUGGAAAUGGAUUUGCGAUUAAAUUAUUACACAGAUAAAUUUCACAGUACGUAUCUGUCUUCGCAUUUUAAGCGAGUUGUUUUCCGUUUUCGAUAUUUCGAUUUAAAGGCGAUAUGGAGUAGUCUGCUGGAGUUGUGCUCUGGCAGUUCUUCUGCCGAGUUCGAUUUUUCUCAGCGACUUGUUGCAGUUUGGCAUCGCCUUUCCUGGGUCCCAUGCUGAGCUCCUACCUCCAUAUCUCCCGCAGUCCUCUCACCGUCCAUGUCCAGCGCCCUUAAGUCUUCCUUGCAGACGUCUUAAGAGCACACUUUUACAGGGGCCGAGCUCCCCAUGCAAGUGAUCCUUCUGGAUCCUUCCGUCCUCCCUUGGACUGACGUGGCCAAGCCAACCAAGUCGGUGCCAUUUCAGCAGAGUGAAGAGACUCGCGGCAAGGGAGAGAACUUCAGUAUUUUUGACUCGGUCACUCCAGCUGAUUCCGAGGAUACCCCUUGGUGAAAGACAUCAAAGCGUUUCUUGUACUGGAAAGACGCGCUGCCUUGCUGUUGGUUGUUAGGUUGCUGUUCUCCAAAACCAGCAGUUAUUAACGCAUCUUAUAGUUUUCUGAACUUUGCAUCCGACUGCUCACAGAACGUGCAGGGGCUUCUGAUUGGGGCAGUGUUUGUAUUAUGUUGGUGCUGCACACAUUCCUCCUUGACGGCGAUGAACUCGCAGAAGUCGGCUCAGACUGACAUUUAGUUCCAGAAAUAAAGUUAUUUAAAAUAUAUAUCUACAAAAGAAAAAUAAUUAAUUCCAAAUGAAGCCCAGAAUAAUCCUUAAUUUCAGGGACUAACCAAAUCUGCAAAGCUCUAAUUUGUUGUAAUCUUGUCAAAGUCUACCUUCAUUUCUGUUUAUAUGUCACUGCUACACAGACAGCAUAUUUCUGACCACCCCGGGGGCAAUGGUGGUCCAGUCGUCUGAGGCUCCGCGAUUCGCUGUGCAGAGUUACGUCCCUUGGGCACGCCAGAAACCUAUGAUUGUGGGUUCGAAUCCC